AUAGCUACAGCUGAUCACCUCAAGACCCCGUCGUCCUCAAGACUAAAAACUCAAAAUGCCUCCCAAAGCCAAAGCUGGAUCCGGCAAGAAGCCUGCCCCCGCCCCGGGCGCUGCUGGCAAGGCAAAAACGACUAAAAACCCUCUUUUCGAAUCCAAGCCCAAGAACUUCGGCAUUGGUCAGGAUAUCCGCCCCAAAACUGAUCUGACUCGUUUCGUCAAAUGGCCCGAAUAUGUUCGUCUUCAGCGCCAGAAGGUUAUCCUCAGCCAGCGUCUCAAGGUCCCUCCCGCCAUUGCUCAAUUCUCGCAUACCUUGGACAAGAACACCGCUACUCAAUUGUUCAAGCUGUUGAACAAGUACCGUCCUGAGACCAAACUGGAGAAGAAGGAGCGUCUGCAGGCUAUUGCGAAGGCAACUGCCGAAGAAAAAGAAUCCCAAGCAAAGGAUAAGAAGCCUCUCUUUGUUAAAUACGGCUUGAACCAUUGUGUCGCACUCAUUGAAGCCAAGAAGGCCUCUCUUGUUGUUAUUGCCCACGACGUUGACCCCAUUGAGCUCGUCGUUUUCUUGCCCGCCCUUUGCCGCAAGAUGGGUGUUCCCUACGUCAUUGUCAAGGGCAAAGCUCGUCUCGGUACCGUUGUCCACAAGAAGACCGCUGCUGUCUUGACCCUGCAGGAUGUCAAGAGCGAGGACCAACGCGAGCUGGCCACCCUCGUCAGUGCCUCUAAGGCUAACUUCUCCGACAAAUAUGAAGAACAGCGCCGUCUCUGGGGCGGAGGUCUCCGUGGCAACAAAUCCACGCAAAUGCUUCGCAAGCGUGCCAAAGCUGCUGGCCAAAACGCCAGUGCCGCCUCCCUUGGCAAGCUUUAAGCCGGCUAGUUGUGUGGUCAGCGUGGAUGUGUUAUGGACGAGGGGUCAAGGUUGGGCUGCUUGGAUGCUUAUGUUUUCGUGUCAGCUUGUGCGCUCUUUCAUGUCUUACGAUUAUGAAGUAUGCUAUUGUUAUGCCCAUAAUCCUUCUGUGAAAUGGUCCUUGACCUGCGCUUCUCAUCGUAUGUAUUUGAUAUAUGGCACUCUGCUCCCUGCAUGACGAACUGCAAUGUCUUGCAAAGCAAACUAGUAGAGAUUGUGAUAUGGAAUACGACAUCGC